AUGCUUCCAUCUCCGGCCGCUGCGCCUUCACCCUGGGCUCCCUCGCCGCACCCUACGACCCUCCCAAUCACCGCCCCGUCCCCCGCUCCUGCACAACCUCAUCGCCGCGCCGCCUCCGCUCGCACCGGCCUGGCACCCCCUGGCGCUGGAGUCGCAGGUGCGGGCGCCACGACAAGCACAGGAGGCCAUGGCAUCGUCGUCGAGGAGCCGAGCGUCGAGGCGACGAGGAACGUAGCUGUCCUGCUUGGAGCAGGGAUGGAAGACGAGGGCUUGCUCGACCGGGUUGAGAGGGAGGUCGAGGCUGUCUUGAUGGCUUAUGAGCGGGCUUUCGAAGCUGGAAACACGGGUCAACCAGAUCUGUCAACGACGCUCUCCACCCUCUCUUCACUCGUCGCCCUCCUCUCUCGCUCUUCCGUCGGCGGCUUCGUCCCCUCGUCCGCCAGUCCUGCCGAUGCGACUCUCUCGCAAAACCACCUCGACCAAGCGAACGAGCGUUCGCGAGCGCUCUACAAGCAGCUCAAGAACGUCAAGGAAGGCGCGGAAGUGGCGAGGGCGACACUGGCAGGAUGA